AGAUAAUUGCAUGUGAGUUCAGCAAAACAUGAGUUUGGGAUGCAUUGCGUGCCACAGCAUAGACAGCCCUACACAUUCCUUCCAAAGCUACUCAGCCUCAAGCUCAGACAAUGAAGGCCGAUGCACCGCAAUGUUGAGCUGCCUGACUCGGACGGCGGCCAAUCUCCUAGGGAACGCAAAGAUUGCCCCGCUCUCGAGCAUCUCAAAUGCCCAAGGCAUGGCAGGAGCCCCACGCCUUGUGCGGAGCUGCGCUGUAACAAGAGAUCAUGUGAGGGAUUGGAGUUUCGACGAACUUCUUCUGGAGAGCUGAUUUGAUUUGUGUUGAACCAUAAGGAUUCUGCUUUGCUUCAAUACAACAUUAGAUUCCUAGUACCUCAGUCGUUUGUAUAUGACUAUUUCUACUCUAUGCUGACUAUAUUUAAGAAGGCCAUAGCGGUUAAAAGUAGUUUGAUUAGAAACUCUUUGGAAAACACCAAACAAUCUGAUGAUUUCCAAGCAUUGUAAUGUGAUGAUGUAUGGCACGUACUUCUUAUUGGUGCAUGUUGUUAUUGUCAUCUGCUACAUGUCACU